AUGCUCUCGUCUUCGUUCCUAUGUCUGUCCCUGGCUGCGCUCGUCGCAGCCAGUUCGGAUUCAAGAUGCGCAGGAGAUAUCACCAUCUCGACACAAUCCGACGCAGACGCCCUCUCUAACUGCGAUACGAUUUACGGCCCAUUAACCAUUACCUCCUCUGCGCGCGGGGCCAUCUCCCUCCCUAACAUAGAGGGAAUCAAGGGUCCGUUGACCAUCAAAGACACGCAAAAUCUCAACGCCGUCACGGCAAAGGAUCUCGAGUCCGUAUCGGGUACCGUCACAGUUACGGGAAACAAGGCCUUGACGAGUCUGGAAUUCAAUGACUUGGGUACCGUUGAUGGAGAGCUCAAGGUGCAGGACAAUGAUAAUCUCAAGGAGCUUAAACUCGACGGAUUGGAAACUGUUAAUAGGGGGUUGAAGCUCUCGGGGGAUUUUACUAGCCUCUCCUUCUCCAAUCUCGAAAAUGUCCAUGGCGAGUCCAACAUUCAAAACAGCGGAAACUUAUCAUGUUCAGUUCUGGAUAGACUACGCGACCAAGGCGCAUUUCAAGGCUCGUACUCCUGCUCUAAUAGCAAAAGCGGCUCAUCCGGAUUAAGCGCCGGAGCGAAAGCCGGUAUCGCCAUUGGCGUGAUCCUGGGCGUGCUCCUUAUCGUCCUGUUGGUUUGGAUGUGUGCACGACGACAAAGACGACAACGUCGCGCCCAGAAGGAAGCCAUUGAUAACAUCGCGGCCGCGGGUGCCGCCAGGACCAUCGUAGACGAGGAGAAAGCCGAGCACAGGGUAUCGGGGACGCCGAGUCUGCCUGAAGAUUCGUCCCAGAUGCAGGCUGUUAAUUCUAUUCCGCGGAAACCGCUGUCGCCGCCGCCGCUAGAGACUGAGGCUGGGGGAGGCUCAACGUCGCUGCCGUCGGCGUUGGUGGUGGGGGAUCAGAGGGCGUCGAUGGGAGCGGGGACGAACGCGCAGUCGGAUCCAUCGUUGUUUUUGAGACCCAUGCCGAGGAGACAGCCGUCCGAGUCGGAUGUGCCCAUGUUGGAUAGUGGGGAUGUGCAUGAGGCGCCGGUGCAGUCGGCCCGGGAACAGGAUGCGCCGUAUGAAUUGGACGCGGGUCCUGUGCGAGGAACCCAUCAACAAGCGAUUCAUCACGACUGA